AGCAUGUCAUAAAAAAGUUAUUAAAAUCCUAGUAUAGUAUGUCAUAAAAAAAGUGAAAAAGUCAUAGUAUAAUAAGUCAUAAAAAGUUGUUGCAUAUGUAUUUUUAGUUUGGAUUGACCCUACAAGAUGCAUUUGCAUAAAAUAUGUAUGUUUUUUUUUAGCCUACGUCAUAACUGCGUCACUAUCUCGCAUUUUAUUGAUCCUAUCAGUCUUGUUUCCAUGUGAACACACAGAACUAUAAAUAUAAAGCUUCUUAAACUCUCUCCGUGGUUAACAUCAGUGUGUGUUUCCACUCAGAGACCAACUCACAGCUCUGUCUCACCACACUGAUGACAAAACACUCAGAUAGAUAAACCCUGAUAUGAUUAUUUCCCACAGAGACACAAAAAAAAGAAAACGCAAUUUCCUGAUCAUCCACAAUCCCAUGUGAGCGGUGAGAUGCGCAUUCACACACACACACACACACACACACCCACACACACACACACUCUGGAGCUGCCAGUUUCCUCCGGUAGGAAGAGGCUGAAUCACAUGCGCAGUCCUGCCGUGAAUCACUCAUCACCACGGCAACCAGCGGUCACACCGAGUCCCAUCAGCAUCAGUGGGUCCGAUCCAUCCACAGGCGACAGGAGAGCACCAGAGACAACCAGAGACAACCACAGAUCCUCGAUUCGAGCUACAAGCAGCGCUGUCACAUUUGGUUACAAAGCUCACAGUCUGAGUCAGUCUGACCUGAUCUGUCUGUCCCUGCUCUCCAGAUCUGUCUGGGCAUUUUCAGGCAGCCGAGCAGCCAUGGUGAAGCUAGGCAGCAAUCUGUCUGAUAAGCUGGAGAAGCAGCCGUCUGCGGACGACGGCUUUGAUAACAUCCCCCUCAUCACACCCCUGGAGGUCAACCAGCUCCACAAGCCGUACGCAGACAAGGUCAUUGUGAAGACGUCAACACAAUAUCAGCUGCAGCAGAAGAAGAACAAGCUGUACGUGCCCAAUAUCAAGAAGCUGAAUAUCAACUUCUACAGCGAUGUUUCAGAGAAAGCCAAGAUCACAGGUCUGAUCCUCAUCACUUUGGCCUUCCUGACCAGCUUGCUCCUCCUGCUCAUGUACAAAGCCAUGUGGUACGACCAGCUCACCUGCCCAGAGGGUUUCAUCCUUAAGCAGAAGCACUGCACCCCGGCAGCUCUGGAGAUGUACUACACAGAGCAGCAGCAGCAGCAGCAGGAGGAGGACGAGGAGCCGGGCGUCCGCGGCGGGGCCAACGCCGGGCUGUACGCCGCCCUCAGCCACCUCAACCAGGUCAAGAGGACCGGGCCCGAGCUGCCGUCGCCGUGGUUACCAGUCAUCAGCGCUCUGAAGGAGGCCGAGGUGGCCAAACAAGGUGGCGAGCAGUUGAAACGAGAGCUGGAGGGAGAGGAGUGAAGGGGCCGACAGAAAAUGCAGGUGUGGAGAGGAGAAAAUUAUGAUUUUUUUUGACGGUGUGUGUUCAGGAUUUUUAUUUUUCCUCUUCAUACAGAAUCACUUGUUUAUACCGGUGCUCUAAAACCUUAAAGGUGUCUGUAUAACUACUGAAACAGCUAUGUAAAACACACGUUUACUCAACUUCAACCCACUUAUUUUCUGUUAAUAUUUAUAUUACAAGCUAAUACCCAACUGUGUGUUUGUGUGUGUGUGUGUGUGUGUGUGUGUGUGUGUGUGUGUGUGUGUGUGUGUGUGUGUGUGUGUGUGUGUGUGUGUGUGUGUGUGUGUGUGUGUGUGUGCGUGUGUGUGUGUGUGAGCCCAUGCUUAGCUUGUUAAUUAAAUCUACAUUACGCCCUGUUUAGCCUGUAGGGUCUUUUCUCUCCCCACUGUUACUGGGUGACAUACUUUAGACGCUGUUGGCCCAGGGCAUGGAACUAAAUAAAGUGCUAAAAAAUAUUUAUUAGGGCAUUUACAGAUCCCAUGCUCGGUCAAGGCAGAACGUGUUGUGCCAAAAAAAAAGGCUUAGAUUCAGGGCCGGGGGAAAAAUCACGUAAAAUCAGCCGGGUAGUCACGUAAAGGCCGCCAAGCCCCAUUUUCCUGCUUUAUAGCAUCAACAGAUCUGAACAGUAAAAUAGCAGGUUGGCUUUUUAAUUUGUCCUGACCGUUCAGAGUCCCCCUCUGCACCACCACCACCACACCCCAAAGACAAGAGGGAGGGCCAUGCCGAGAGUCACUUAGCCGCUAAUAACAUCCCACUAGAAUCAAAGUCCUCUGAGCCCUGAUGUCACUCAAACGUGGGAGAGGAGGGACGAAGCUUUGUGGUGAUUUAAAUGCUGUCUGUUCCUGUGUAUAUCUGAAGCUGAUCAGAGAAGAGGCGUUACUGUAUGAUGCAGCUUCCUCUUAAGCAAAAUGGUUUAAGAUGUGUAGACUGAGAGCAGGAGAAGGAGAUAAAGUGGGAUAGAGAGCAGAGCCCGUAUUUAUCAAACUGCUGAAAAGGGAAAUUUGGGAUUUAUGAUGCCUUCAAAUGGGGGUCGUGUUUACCGCGUUCACGAGAAGAGUCCAUAUGAAAGCUCAGAGUUCACGAGUUAUGACGUGUUUGUUGACGUCAGAAAUGGCGGAGGUCAUGGAAGUUCCCUUUUUUGGUACAUUAUAAGUUAAUAUAUUGUAAAUUUAUUGUUUUUCUUCGUCAUGUUAUAAUAGGUCUGAGGAUAAUGUUGAUAUACCCAACGGCCUCAUCCUCCAGAGCAUACAGGCACAUAUGCGCCAGAUUUGUAUCUUUGCAUCGCGUGGAGUUCAACUUUGCUGACCGGCGAAGUCGCAGCCUCAACCAAUAGCAAAGAAGUGUAUGUGUGUGGUUGACCUCACUUGGCACAUUUUGCACGAAUAUAUAACGCCAUUUGUGCAUGUGCAGCUGUGCCCUACAUAAUCUAACCUAAUCUUGUGAUCACUUGAGUUGCACUUAAAUGUUACUCCUACACUCAAAGCUUCAGUAGGCAACACGUUUUUGUUCGUGAGUCAGGAUAUAGUGACCAUUAUAUAAAAUAAAAAUAACUUUUUUUAAAUUAUAUUUGCUCCACUGCUGAUUUAACUGUAAGUAUAUCGAUAAAUGUGUCUUAUUCUUUACACUCACACAAAAAAUAUUACUAAAUUGGCUCUUUAGAGCCUUUCUAAGUGUAAUAAAAUGUAAUUAAAGUGCAAGUUUGAUAAAUAGGAAGAGAGAAAAGCGAGGAAGAGAAAAGGUGACAGCAGAGAGGUGGAAGGAAAAGCAGAAGAAAAGAUGAACAAGAGAGAAAGAGCAGAUGAGAGGCGGCCAGGCCUGGGAAGAGAAGGCGGGGGGUUGAGAGGUUUGGGUAAAAGAAGAGGAGGCGGUGGAGGCCAAGAGGCAUGGAGGUGGUGGAGGAGGAGGAGGGUGAAUCCAGGCUGACCCCUGUGUCUGUGUGUGUUGUUGUGUGUCUCAGUGGGUUUCCUCUGCCCUGGCGCCAGCUGGAAAUGCCUCCACUAAGCAGAGGCAGUACACACAUCAUCCUCCAUUCACCCCCAUUCAGUCCCCUUUGAUGAGAGUAACACUAUACAUGCCCAGCGCGCCUCACAGAUCCUAUCAAGCUGCUGUUUAAAGGGCGGGAGCGAGAGCCGGGGCAGCUGAUCAUAACUUAUCGAGUGUUCGGACGCACUGUCAUCCAGUUUCGUUGCCCCGCGGAGCAAAUAAAAGGGAGGACAAUUGAGGAGGUUUUGUAAUUGGAGUGAUGUUGUUGUUACAGUGGUGGAGGUUUCAUGAGGUACGCUGCCACCUAGGGGUCAUCUCCCAUGGUUGCAGAGAGGAAUGUGGUCUCUCUGCUUAUUUUGAACCACGGGUUUGAUGAACAGAAUUUAAGUGGAUUAUGUUUUUUUUUUAAAGGCCUUUAAAGUCAUUAAAAAAGCUGACGUGGAGACAUCUUAAUACCCUUCUUUUUCCACCUUACAAGGGCUUUAUACCUUGCUGACCAUACCUUGAGUACCUGCUGUCGGAUUAGUCACAGUCGCUCUUUAAAGUUGAUCCUCGUGAUGGUCUUUUUAAAAUGACUCAAUAGCCAUGAAAUUAGUCAUUAGUUUGUUAUCCUGCCGUGAUGUUGCCCUCAUGCAACAAAAACCUCGCCAGUAAACAAUUAUCCAACCGACACGGCGAGGUAAAGGCCCAAAUCUGCAGCCCAGACAUGCCGUGAGGAAGAAAAACAACCGCCUUUGCUUAGCUUAGCUUUAGUUUGCUUUGUUCUGGCCAUUACGAAGCCGAAAUAUUGUCAUUACUCAUAGACCAAAUCAUUUUACGACAUCCUGCAAUUAAACUUUAAGCUAAUAGGUUAAUGGGACAAAUGGAGUUUGAACCCUGGAAGUUGGUUUCUAUUAGGGAUGGUAACGCUGUGAGAAGUGAACUGUUGCAUGCUCUGCACACACACACACACACACACACACCCUCUCUCUCUCUCUCUCUACAGACACACACACGCAUGCAAACACAAACACAGAGAACAGACUGGUUUGAUUUAGGUUUGCGGUCCCCUCCCGGUGCAGCCUCAGACAGGCAGAGAGGACCAGAGCGCAGUGAACUCCAGUUCAGCCUGAGCCCGGCUGUCUCUGCUAAGCUUCAAGUUGAAACCCUCCAAAUUGGGUUUAAUCUGUGUUUUGCUUUGCCAAUUAUCGACCCGCAGAGCUGCAUGGCAAAUGGGGAUGAAUGAGCUUUAGAUGGGCCUGGUUGAGAGGAAGGUCACGGUGUGAUUAAUGGUGAUCUGUUGAAUCCACGACUCGGCCGGCUAUAGCCGCCGUAGCACGCACGGGAUGAGUUAUCAGAAAAAUCUGCAGAGCGUGACGCAGCAGAAAUACAGUUUGAAGCUCUGAGUAUAAAAAAUAAUGUUACUAAAACCGAAGUGGGUUUAACCAUACAAUAUGUUUGUUUUUCAAUCAUCAUUGGUUUCUAAAUGUAUCCAGACAAGAAGUCUGGUUUCUGUGUCAUGUAAUACCAACGUUGUGGUAUCAGUAGUCUUAUGAAGAUGAAUAAACUGUCUGUGAGCCUACUGUUCAUUAAAAUCACUGGUAAUUACAGCCUGUUCACAUCA